UCAAUAUCGUUUAAAAAUAAAUCGUAUUAAAGAUUUUUAUCAUAAUGUUCUAUUUAAAUGUUAUUAUCAAAAUAAAAAUAUACAUAAUCAAGGUUUAAUUAAAUUAAAUGUUGAACAUAUUCAAUUACCACCAAUUAUUUCUUACAUACCAAAUAAUCAAACAGUAUCAAUUGGUGUUGAAGUUAUAUUUUCAUGUCAAUCUAAUAAUGAUGUUAAUAUUCAAUGGUGGUUUAUACCUUAUAAUCGUCCAUAUAAAAUAAUUAAAAUAAAUAAUAAUAAUAAUAAUAAUAAUAAUAAUAAUAAUAAUCAAAAAUAUCGAAUUGAAACAAAUCAUGAUUUAAUUAUUCAACAUGUUGAAAAGUGA